AUGGGCAACGAGUCGCAGAUCGUUAGCAUCCUUAAUGAGAUUCUCAGGGUGGAAGCUAUAGAAGAGGCGUUUAGCUGCAUCAUAGUGCACGACACAAGCAACGAAAAAGAGAAGCUAACGAGAUGGCAGGGAGAACUUACAACUGCUAUGUUGAGUCUGACGCCAGAGCAGCAAGAAAACGCCAUACGAAAGUUUUUGCAUACCCUGGCAGACACGACCAAUUGCAAACGUAUGCAUUUAAUACUAUCGCUGUUGGAAAAUAUGGUUUCAACCAAUGUUCUGCCUGCCAAGUUGGUUUGCGAUUGUAUAUUGAGCUGUGACAAGUUGCAAUAUCAAAAUGAAGAGUUUUGGAUCAAGUGUUUCACUUUGAUCAGACGUAUAAUUGGUGGUGUUGAUUACAAGGGUGUCAGACAAAUCAUGAAGGCAUGUAAAGAAAAAGCUCAUUCGUUGCCUACUAGACUGGAUGCUUCGGUACAACCUCAGAUGAGGGUCUUGGAAAAUCUGAUUGAGUACAUAUUUGACAGGAAUGCGUGUCUGUUGCCUAGUUAUUUGAUUAUCAAUGAGCUUCAGAAACUUCCGGAGAACAAUGAGUGGCCUCAUUGGCUAAAAAAAUUGAUAUCAAACUUUAUAGAAAGUUUUCGACAUGUAGUACAAAUGAUUUCGAUUGUUGGCCAUUCAAAAAUGUUGCCAGUAGUAGAGCAUACAGGCUAUGAUGAUCACUUGGUGAGUCCAUGGCUGCUAGACCGUAAUACUUUACAGUUUUCUUUGAAAGGAUGCCUUCCGUACGAUGUAGAUAUAUUGAAACCACAGACUGAGCUUUUAAGAUAUGUGUUGGAGCAACCUUACAGUAGAGACAUGGUCUGCUCCAUGUUGAGAUUGCAAAAACAGCAAAAUUCUAGAUGUUUAGCUUUAGAAGAACAAUUAGUAGAUCUCAUGAUAAGAAAUAUGGAAAAAUCAGAAAGUGAAUCCACGCCUGCAGAGGGAUCUGAUGGAGCAAUAAGUAAUUAUUGGCCAUGGUUGCAUCUCUCAUCACAAUUGAUUCAUUAUGUUCUUUUCCAGUUCGUCAGCUUUCCUAGUUUCGUAAUGGCGAUUCAUGAUCGGCUCACUGGUAGAGAAUGGAAAAAGGCAAGAGAUCAUUUAAUGUGGGUGCUCUUGCAAUUUAUUUCUGGAACCAUACAAAGGAAUCCAUUAGCGUCAUUUUUACCAAUAUUUAAAUUAUAUGAUUUAUUGUAUCCAGAAAAAGAUCCAUUACCAAUACCAGAUCUAACGCAUUCGAAAUGCACACACGAGAUGGCUUUGAUAUGCAUUUGGCUACAACUCCUAAGAAAAGCUCAAGCAGAGCAAUCUAAUUGCCAUAGGCCUAUUCCACACAAUUUAAAAACCCACUACGAGUUUCUUCAACAUGCAGUAACACAGCCCAAUCUUACUAUGGGUUCGGAUUACCGAAUUGUGUUAUUGUGCAAUGCAUACUCCACCAAUAGCGUAAAUGAUUAUUUUUCACGGUCUAUGGCUGUUCUUUUCGACUCCAUUCAAAAGAGUCAUCCUCAACAACCAUUGCAAAAUUUGCAAGGCAAUGCUGCAAUGGUUAACAAUCCAACGACGCCUUUAUCAAUGUCAAUUCUGGAUUCUCUAACCGUUCAUGCUAAAAUGAAUCUAAUUCAUAAUAUCGUGCAACAUAUGAUGAAAUCCGCUCAUUCAAAAAGUAAUUCGGCACUUCCGCCGGCUCUCGUCGAGACGUACAGCAGACUAUUAGUUUAUACGGAGAUCGAGAUUUUGGGCAUUAAAAAUUUUAUAAGUCAACUACUUCCGACGAUUUUCAAAGCUCACGCGUGGGGAACGUUGUAUACUUUGUUAGACAUGUUCAGUUACAGAAUGCAUCACAUUCAACCCCACUAUAGAGUUCAAAUUUUAAGUCACCUUCAUAAUUUAGCAACAGUACCUCAGACUAAUCAAACCCAGCUGCAUCUGUGCGUUGAAAGCAGUGCCUUACGCUUGAUAACGGGACUCGGUUCGGCUGAGGUGCAACCUCACCUUUCCAGAUUCUUAUCUGAGCCAAAAACGUUAAUAUCUGCCGAUUCCGAGGAGCUAAAUAGAGCUUUAGUGCUUACUCUUGCAAGAUCAAUGCACAUAACAGGCACAGGAGCUGAUACUGUGAGUGGAGCUUGGUGUAAGGAUUUGCUCAACACCAUUAUGCAAAACACACCACACUCGUGGGCGGAUCACACGUUACAGUGUUUUCCGCCGAUUCUGAGUGAUUUCUUCCAACAGAAUAGUGUUCCAAAGGAGGAGAAGCAACAGAUUAAGAAAGCUGUAGAGGAAGAGUAUAGAAACUGGGCCUCGAUGAGUAACGAAAAUGAUAUAAUAGCUCAUUUCUCGGUUUCCGGAACACCCCCGCUUUUCCUUUGUUUGUUGUGGAAAAUGAUUCUUGAAACCGAUCGUAUUAGUCCAAUAGCUUACAAGAUAUUAGAACGGAUAGGAGCCAGAGCGUUGUCAGCUCACUUAAGGAAGUUUUGUGAUUACAUAGUUUUUGAAGUCUCGAGUAUAACUUGCGAUGGAAAUUACGUGAACAAAAGCGUUGACGCUAUUAAUAAUAUGAUUUGGAAGUACAACAUCGUCACGUUUGACAGAUUAAUUUUAUGUUUAGCUUUAAGAACGUUGGAGGGUAACGAGGCACAAGUCUGUUUCUUUAUUAUUCAACUGCUGCUUCUAAAAGCCGCAGAGUUCCGUAAUCGUGUACAAGAAUUCGUCAAAGAAAACUCACCAGACCACUGGAAACAGUCAAACUGGCAUGAAAAGCACUUAGCCUUUCAUCGCAAGUUUCCAGAAAAAUUUGCUCCAGAGGGAUUUAUCGAGCAAUCCUCUGGUAGUCCGAAUCAGUAUCAGACUUUUCCAGCUUAUUUUGGUAAUGUUUGUCUGAGGUUUCUACCAGUUUUCGACAUAGUAUUACAUCGUUAUCUUGAAAUUCCGCAAGUUACCAAGAGCCUUGAAGUGCUCUUAGAGCAUUUGGGGUGUUUGUAUAGGUUUCACGAUCGGCCUGUUACAUAUUUGUACAAUACGCUACACUAUUACGAGCGUAAAUUGAGAGACAAGCCUGUAUUAAAACGUCGAUUAGUUACAGCUAUAUUAGGAUCGUUAAGAGAAACUAAAACUCCAGGUUGGGCUUUAUCCGAAGCUUACCAAAGAUACAUAGCUCGACCUAUAGAGGAUCUACAAUGGCAACCCGAACUUGAUUAUUAUGUGCGGCUCAUUCAAAGAUUAGUCGAAACAAUAUCUGGAACAGCAACUUUUCCACCCACUGAUUGGAGGUUUAAUGAGUUUCCAAAUCCUGCAGUGCAUACAUUAUACGUCUCCUGUGUUGAGCUUAUGGCUCUUCCCGUAGCUCCCAGUAUAGUUGCCAAUAAUUUACUGGACGUUGUGGCUAAAGGAUACACUGUAAUUCCUUCAGAUGAGAUUCAUUCAUGGAUAAACUGCAUAGGAAUAAUAAUGUCGGCGUUACCAGAGUGUUACUGGUCGACUUUGCACGAACGAUUAGUGCAAACAAUAGUCAGUCCUGGACUUACAAAUUGGCAAUAUGAUAAUUUGACGUCAUUUCAAUUAUUUAAUUUUAAUUUGACGCACAACAGUUUCUUUGAAAACAAGUAUAGUUACAUGUUAGCUUUAGCUCAUUCUAUAUGGCAUCAUGCUGGUGUCGGUCAAAUGGUUACAAUGGUUCAAUUCAUCAAAGAAAAACUGCAACCUGUUGUAAAUACUGAGGAACAGCUUAUUUUUGCGUGUCACUUAAUAGGACCAACGUUAAACCGCUUCAACGUGGAAAGACCCAAAUGUAUAUCGGAUCUUACAUUAAUAUUGUACGAAAUGUUAGAACGAGUCAGCCACACUCAGACGCAUUUAAAGCAAAUGGAUCCAGUUUGCGAUUUAUUGUAUCAUAUUAAAUACAUGUUUAUAGGUAAUUUGAUGAAAAAUGAGGUGGACUGUAUCAUAAGACGUCUGAGACCAGCUCUGCAAAUGCGACUGCGUUUCAUAGCACACUUAAACAUAGAAGAAAUUCAGUCUUCCUGAAGAAAAGUUGAUAUUUUUGCUAGUACAAGCACGUCAGCAGUAACAACAAAAAAUCUUUAAUAAAUGUGAUGAAAGCAAAUUUAUUUCUAUUUGUGUAAUAUGAUAGUUUUAGUCGUAUUU